AUGGACAAGGCCAAGGGAGACAGACGGAAGAGUCUGGGGCAUCCCUCUCUCUUGGAACGAGGCCUCCAAAAGUCCAAACACGAGGUGAGCCUCAGCGCCUUUGCCUUCCUUUUUUCUGAAAUGGUGCAGUACUGCCUGAAUGCCGCCAAGCGCGGAUACCGCAUGGAAGACCGGCUGCACGAGCUAGGCUUGAGGGUGGGCUACAAAGCCCUAGAUAUCGUGCUCUACAGAGAACGAAAUAACAGGAGGGAGAUCAAGCUGCUAUCCAUUUUGACAUUCAUCGCGUCCUCUGUGUGGAAAUCUCUCUUCGGCCACAGCGUAGAGCUUCUAAAGGCACAAGACAGCGAACUCGAAUACAUGCUGAACGACAAGGAUUUGCUGCUCAAUCGUUUCAUUUCUGCCCCUAGAGACUUGUCACACGUGAAUUGCGGGGCCUUUGCUGCCGGCAUCAUCGAGGGAAUCCUCUGUAGCGCAGAAUUUCCUGCUGCAGUGUCUGCCCAUACGGUGGAGGAGGGUCAAGGGGUGACCUACACGACAUUCCUUAUCAAGUUUUUCCCAGAGGUACUGGAAAGACAAAGGAGACUUGGUGGUGCUGCAGCAGUCAGCUAA